AUGAAGGGAAGAAACAACUUGGUACACCAGUCCCAAGGCACAAAGUCAGUAUCCUCUUAUCCCGGGGCAGGCUCCGCCCAUAGGCUCCGCCCACAUGCGCGGUGCCGCGAAAGCCACGCCUCUGGAAAUGCGUCGCGUCCUUGCGCACGCGCUCUCCCAUCUUCCUUGACCUCUGACCCACCAGCCACCCUUGAGCUGGUCCCACUGGGUCGGGAAGCGGCACCCGUCCCCGUAAAGUGGAGCGGCCGCCAUGGCCUCUGGGAGCUCCAGUGUGAGGAUGAGGAGCCAAGGAAAGGAAGUUUAGCAGAGUCCACAGACCCUACUCAGGAGCCAGCUACAUGGUGCUUCUUUUGCCCACAGGCCAAGUACCUGGCCCAGAUCAUUGUGAUGGGUGUGCAGGUGGUGGGCAGAGCCUUUGCCAGGGCCCUGAGGCAGGAGUUUGCAGCAAGCCAGGCAGCCGCUGAUGCUCGAGGCCGUGCUGGGCACCAGUCUGCAGCUGCAUCCAAUCUCUCUGGCCUCAGCCUCCAGGAAGCCCAGCAGAUUCUCAACAUCUCUAAGCUGAGCCCUGAGGAGGUGCAGAAGAAUUAUGAACACCUGUUUAAGGUGAAUGAUAAGUCCGUGGGUGGCUCUUUCUACCUGCAGUCAAAGGUUGUCCGUGCAAAGGAACGCCUAGAUGAGGAACUCCGAAUACAAGCCCAGGAAGACAGAGAGAAAGGGCAGACGCCCAAAACGUGACUGCUGGGCUCUCCACACCCACCCAUUGCCUCAUAAUUUAUAGCCUAGUAAUAAAUGUCUUUUCGUGUUUC